CUCAAAAAAACAAACAUUGCAGUGAAAUGCCUUUUAUUCUGUUGGAAGUCAGAAAUAAAGUAUAGGUUGUUUGUAGGGAAGUUUCAACUGUCUUCAUUUUCUGACUCAUCUGUUGUUUCUUCUAGUCUAUCUGAAUCCCCAUUCAAAGUUCAUUUGGAAAAACUUGGCUUGAGACAGAGGAAGCUGGAUGAAGAUCUGCAGUUAUACCAGACACCUCUAGAGCUCAAAUUAAAACAUAGCACUGUCCAUGUAGAUGAGCUGUGUCCUCUCAUUGUCCCCAAUCCUGGGGUCUCCGUCAUUCAUGAUUAUGCAGAGUGGGUUAAGAAAUCACCCAGAGAUUUGCUGGAACUGCCAAUUGUGAAGCACUGGAGCCUGACAUGGACAUUAUGUGAAGCCCUGUGGGGCCACCUGAAGGAGCUUGACAGCCAGCUGGAUGAGCCCAGUGAAUACAUUCAGACUCUGGAGCGAAGAAGAGCUUUUUCCCGCUGGCUGUCCCAUACUGCUGCACCUCAGAUUGAAGAGGAAGUCUCCUUAACCCGCAGAGACAGUCCCAUAGAAGCUGUCUUCAGCUACCUCACGGGCAAUAGGAUUAGUGAGGCCUGUUGUCUGGCACAGCAGUCAGGUGAUCAUCGCCUUGCCCUUCUUUUGUCUCAGUUGGUGGGAAGCCAAUCGGUUCGGGAACUGCUCACCAUGCAGUUGGCCGAUUGGCAUCAGCUCCAGGCUGACUCCUUCAUCCACGAUGAGCGAUUGCGAAUAUUUGCCCUGUUAGCUGGAAAACCGGUGUGGCAGCUCUCAGAGCAGAAACAAAUCAAUGUAUGCUCCCAGCUAGAUUGGAAACGAACACUUGCUAUCCAUCUUUGGUAUUUGCUUCCACCAACUGCCUCCAUUUCCAGGGCUCUCAGCAUGUAUGAAGAAGCAUUUCAGAAUACUUCUGAGGGUGAUAAAUAUGCCUGCUCCCCUCUUCCCUCUUACCUGGAGGGCUGUGGCUGUAUGAUAGAGGAAGAAAAAGACUCCAGGAGACCACUUCAGGAUGUUUGCUUUCAUCUUCUGAAACUCUACAGUGACAGACAUUAUGAUCUCAAUCAGCUGUUGGAACCCCGAAGCAUAACUGCAGAUCCUUUGGACUACCGCCUAAGCUGGCACCUUUGGGAAGUGCUACGUGCUCUUAACUAUACCCAUCUCUCAGAACAGUGCGAGGGUGUGCUACAGGCCAGUUAUGCUGGCCAACUGGAAAGCGAAGGACUUUGGGAGUGGGCCAUCUUUGUCUUCCUGCACAUUGACAACUCAGGCAUGCGUGAGAAGGCUGUUCGAGAGCUGCUGACCCGUCACUGCCAACUGUCAGAGACCCCUGAGUCUUGGGCUAAGGAGACUUUCCUUACACAGAAGCUGUGUGUGCCUGCUGAGUGGAUUCAUGAGGCCAAAGCAGUUCGAGCACACAUGGAAUCCAAUAAGCACUUGGAGGCCCUCUAUUUAUUUAAAGCUGGUCACUGGAACCGCUGCCACAAACUAAUCAUUCGGCACCUAGCUUCUGAUGCCAUUAUAAAUGAGAACUAUGACUACCUGAAAGGAUUCUUAGAAGAUCUGGCACCUCCAGAGCGCAGCAGCCUAAUCCAGGACUGGGAAACUUCUGGGCUCGUUUACCUGGAUUAUAUUCAAGUAAUUGAAAUGCUGCACCGUAUUCAACAGGUGGAUUGCUCAGGUUAUGAACUAGAGCACUUACAUACCAAAGUGACUUCACUGUGCAACCGGAUAGAGCAGAUUCCGUGUUACAAUGCCAAGGAUCGCCUGGCUCAGUCAGAUAUGGCCAAGCGGGUAGCCAACUUACUUCGAGUAGUACUGAGCCUUCAGCAUGCUCCUGAUGCCACCUACUCUGUUCUGGAGGUUCUUAAGCCAGAAGCCACUGCUUUCUAA